UUGGCUGCAUCUAACUACGGCGGGUGCCAACGAACUUCGCCUCUCGUCUUCCUCUGCUGCCGUCGUCCCGUGCCGUGAGAGCUAUCUUCUGCAGCUCCGGAUCUGGAUUCGAAGGGAAGCAGAUUCAUGGCGCGCCUGUGAGAAUUCGGGACGGAGACGUCGCGUCGCUGUUAUCGGAGGGAAACCUUGGAGGAAUUUCGAGAGGGGAUAUGGAUGUGCUACCUCGGGAGCUGUGCCUCAAGAUCUUCCACCUCCUGGAUCACCGGUCCCUCGCCUCCGCUCCCCAAGUUUGCAGGAAGUGGAGGACGUUGACCUCCGACGAUGAACUGUGGAGCAAGCUGUUCAGGGAGAGAUGGGGAAUGGACGCCGCAGCGUUCUUCGCGCCAGAGGGUUGCAAGUCCUGGAAGGACGUCUUCAUCGUGCAGGACCGAUGCGACCGAUACGGACUGGGCGUCAGGAUUGUCAGGGAAGGAAGCGACUACUAUCUGAUCAACCAAGGCGAGAUCCAGAGGUACUUGGGUUCGCGACAGGACACGAGCGGUGAUGGCAAGAACGCGCCGCGGCAGAACGCUGAAGACGAGCAGAGGCAGGUAUCCAACCGGAUCCUGUUCUUCCUGGGGGAUCUGGAGGCAGCCUGUGCAGAUGCCAAACGUGUCAAGGCGUGAAUGGUUGCCCUGUCCAGACCUGAAGCACGUUGUUCGACGCGUGUAUGAUUCUCGUUAAUUUGUACAGCUCGCCCUGUAUAAUUCUUGUUAGUUUGCAUAGCUCGUGCAGAGUGCUGUAUCUAUAGUUCUAUACUAUAUGUAUAGCGCUUCACCUUCUAUAAUUCUAUACUAUAUGUAUAGCGCUUCACCUUGAAAAGCAUGCCAACAUUCACCGGGCAUUUUGAUUCUGGUACAGAUUCAUUGGGAGGGUAAAUUGGCCUAGUCCUUUUAGCAUCAA